CAUCUACAAUGUUCUCUGCUGAGCUCUUGCUCACUCGAGCUUCGAUAGGAAGUUUGAAAAUGCUGAUCGAUACGCCGUUGAGUACUCCCCACGGUAACUACCGGGCAUUUUCACACAGCCGCUGGUCGCACCCAGAUUCUUCUUCACACCACAAGCUUCGAAGCUGAUCCCAGGGCGUGCAGUGGGGCCGAUUGUGAUGCGAAUCGCCAUCUCACUGCGUCGGUGACCUCGAUCGAGCCUCCGGUAGAAUGAAAUAGUGGAAAGCACUCCGAAUCCCGAAGAAUUAAAUCAAGAUUCGGGUGAAAAGGGUGCAUCAUGACCACUGAUUUUCCGUCAGAAGGCUUUUACCGAUUCUGCGGUGUUAUCUUUCUUUUGCCUAUCGCGUUCAUACCGUGGGUGGGCAAAGAAAUGGGAAUGUUGAGGAUCAGGAUUCUCCAAAUGAAGAUGCUCCUGGUUUUGAGCAGGGGAAGGCUCCAAGCCGCAGUUGAAGAACUGGACGCAAUUCGUCUUGAGCUAAAUCGGCUGAUAAGAGGAACCCCUGCAACAAGAAUGGAGUGUGCGCAAUGAAAUCAUGCGGAAAGCGCACUGGUUGUAGACGUAAAGCGAGCUGCACGAGAAUGAAAACAGAUACCAGAAAAUCCAGCGGUUUAUCCGACUCAAAGAUUGGAGUACAGCAGGAGAUUAGAUUGAAGCUCUCCUUUUUACCUUUUGAAAGUAUGUUCCUCGUUUACUUGCUCGUCAUUUUGGCACAUUGAAGGCGUAAUUUAGCAUCAUAUACUGUAAUAUGAGGUUGGAAUUAACUUGAAGUUUGUGGAAGUCUAUCUGUCUUGUUUGUUUUCUUCACGUAUGCGCAAAGGACGCUCAUUGGAGAAGUGUACACUGUAGAGAGAUAUUAGAUUGAA